CAAGUCAUUAGGUGUGGGUGGAGUCUGCAGCAAGCUGUCAUAGCUUUCAUGUGGUCAAAAGGGAAAAGCAGUACUGCUCCCUUAAAGCACCCAUAGACCUUGUUUCUGUGUGAUUGUUGUAAUGGGGUACUGGGGAGUUUUUUUGGGGCUUCUCUUGUCGGGUGGAAAUCUUUGUGCUGCUUUGCAAAGCCUCAACACCAAUGACACGCUCAUCCCCAGCGAAAGAGUAUGGACAUGGACAUGGACACGGGCGCCAACUCAGCCACAGACACCAGAUCAUCACUCAACCAAGACAGAGCAGAGUAGACCAGGACCUUUCUCUGUCAGCCAACGGCUCUGGGUCCACCAGCUGAAGAGGCCUGCUGUUAAAGAGCAUGUGCAAAGCCUGCAAACACUGGAGGCCAGAGCGCCAGCGCUGCAGUCCACUGUCCAAGAUGACAUUUCGAAGACCAUAAUUCAAGGCCCAGAUCUUGACCCGCCCAUUGAGCUGGAUCCAAAGAUGGUGGUUGACUUUGAGCAGCGUGUGCCCGUGCCAGCUGACAGCCUGGCGGUGCAAUGUGGCGAGGGAGAGGUCAUCAUAGAGGUCAAGCAGAACUUUUUAGGAAAUGGUCAGAUGAUCCAGCCAACUGAUCUGACCUUAGGAGGCUGCGGUCUGUUGCACGUAGCUGACCACAUGCUGCGUUUCCAGACAGAGCUGCAUGCCUGUGGCAGCACAAAGAAGAUGACAGAUGAAGCCCUCAUCUACACCUUUUCACUCACCUACUCUCCUGCACCCGUUGGCAGCACUUUAAUUUUGAAGACUAACCCUUCCGAGGUACUAAUUGAAUGCCACUAUCCCAGGAGGCACUAUGUGAGCAGUGAUGCCAUUAUGCCUCAUUGGCAGCAGUUUGCCUCCAGCCUGUUAACAGAGCAGCAGCUUCACUUCUCCCUCAGGCUCAUGACAGAGGAGUGGCAGUCGCAGAGAUCCACCGGUGUUUACCAUGUGGGCGAGAUGAUGCAUAUUGAAGCCUCGGCCCUCCAGGGCCACCAUGUUCCACUGAGGGUCUAUGUUGACAGAUGUGUGGCCACCGCAAGCUCUACCCCAAAUUCUCAACCGGCAUAUACCUUUAUCGACAACCAUGGGUGUCUAGUAGAUGCUAAGCUGACAGGAGCCAAGUCCUACUUCAUGCAGAGAAGCCGUGAGGAUAAACUUGCUUUCCAGCUGAAAGCCUUCCAUUUUGACCAGGAUCACAGGAAUUCGCUUCACAUCACAUGUCGGCUGACAGCAACAAGAGUCUCUGUCCCAGUCAACUUGCAGCAGAAAGCUUGUUCAUUUUUAGUUGAAGCCAACAGAUGGGUGGCAUCAGGUGGCGACAACAAGGUGUGUAGCUGCUGUGAAAGCAGCUGCAGUGAGCAGAGGCGGAAAAGGAACGUCAGACAGGAUGCUGGUCUUUUUCCACACGUGCACUGGGAGGGGAUGGCUCGUCUAGGUCCCAUCCAAGUGGAGGAGGACAUUGUGUCGCAGCCAGAAUCCAAUUCUACUUUUCACAUCCAAGAAGUUACGCAAGCUGCUUCAUCCCGAUCUUUAGCUGCAGUGGGUGCUGUGCUGGCGGUGGUGUUGCUUGCUGUCAUGGGUGCUGCCAUUUGCAGCAGAGUGCACAAAUUCACCAUAAAGAUGCCGUACGCAAGUGGAUGCUCGGGUCCCUUUCCACUGCUACGAGCUGGUCUGGUUUAAAAGGGGUUAAGUCACAUCCAGCCUUGCAGAAAAUUGCUGAGCCAUAGAAAUCUGUGCUGUUUUCCAAGGAAGGUUAUUGCUUCAUCAAUCUGCAUGAGGUGGUGCUAGAUACAAGCAGGACUUUCAUUUCCAAAGUAAUGAAAGAGAUCAAGUCUGCACAGCAUGCUCACUUUAGACCUUAAACAGGAAGACAAAUUUAUGAGUAAAAGGGAAGUGUAACACCACUAGUUCCAUGCUGCGAGCCAAAAUGCUAUGCCUGUAACAGCAGUCAUAUUUUAGCUUCUCCCUGUAAUCCCCCACUGGCCCAAUAGCCCCCUCUAGCAUUCUGCCAGUGGAUGAGUCCUCACAAAAUGGUGCUCAUCUUGAGUUGUUGCUCACAAGCCCGAGAAGACGAAUAGACAUGAUUAAAAAGCCCAUGAAGGCGAAGCGGAGGCUUUUAUUACAGUAA